GAGCGCGACAAGAAGACCGAGUGGUUCAUGUUUGUGCACUACUUGAGCAAGUUUGUGGACUGGACCGACACCUUCCUCAUGAUUGGGAGCAAGAGCUUUCGGCAGGUGUCCUUUCUGCAGGUGUUCCACCACGCCACCGUGGGCAUGAUCUGGGGGGCGCUGCUGCGCAAGGGGUGGGGCGGCGGCACCUGCGUCUGGGGCGCCUUCAUCAACAGCGUGACGCACGUGUUGAUGUACACGCACUACCUCGUCACCUCGCUCGGUCUCCACAACCCGCUCAAGAGCCAGCUCACGAACUUCCAGCUCGCCCAGUUUGCUAGCUGUGUGCUGCACGCCGCGCUCGUGUUUGCGUCCGAGACGGUGCUUCCCGCGCGGCUCGCCUACAUCCAGCUCGUCUACCACCCCACUCUGCUCUUCCUCUUUGGCUUUCAGAUGAAAUGGGUGCCGUCGUGGAUAACCGGACAGACUAUCACCGGCCGCGAGUCGGAGGCCCCGGAGAAGAAGGUGGCUUGAGGCCCGGACGCAGACGCAGCUCUCCCACCCCCACCCACCCUGCAAGGGAAGUAGUCUCCAGAGGAGCACGUCAUCAUUCCGUUGCACACAUUGGCGGAUGAGCGAGGGCGCGCUGCAUGGCAUGUGAGGCGGAAAGUGCGCAUUUGUGCUGGGGAGGCAGGAGGGGGGGGCUGAUUGUUCUGGCACCCUGUGAUGUGUGUCUCAGACGAAUAGUUCCGGUUUGACUGGAUAGGGGCCUGUCAUGAGCAAAAGAGCACAAAGAACU